UUUAGGUUCAGAGCAUAUAGUAUUUUUCAAGCGUUUGACAUACAAUGACUGCGAUUUAGAAAACAACGUGUUGUUCAUGUCUUGUUUUUAAAAUGCCAUUUUUCAUCAAAUCAAAAAGGAAGCAAUCAAAGUCUAAGACAAAAAAUCAGAGACCACAGGUGUCGCUCAGUGGAGAACCCUCAAAGCGUAAAAGGAAGAAGCUUAGGCUGCAGAAUGAAGAAAUAGAGAGUGAAUCAGAGAUAGAAAGUGAUGAAGGUGAAAGAAAGGCUGAAGUGGUGACAUCUUCAGACGAGGAGGAAACUGCACAGGAAAAAAAGUUGCGUCUUGCUAAAGAAUAUUUAGCCAACCUAGAGCAAGAAGAGGCAGAGAAGAGAGAAGAGGAUGACAUCCACAGAGACAUUAUAUCUCACAGACUAAAGCAAGACCUGUUGGAACAAAGUGGAAAAGUACAGAAACUUGUUGCAGAUGGGUAUGAACAGCCAUCCCUGGAUGACAUCAUCGUCCUGCGGGGGCAUCAGUUGAGUGUGACCUGUGUGGUUAUCUCCCCUGACAAAAGACACGUUUUCAGUGGCUCCAAAGACUGUAGCAUCAUCAAGUGGGAUGCGGUGGAGGGUAAAAGACUACACACGAUUCCUGGGGGGAGGAAAGGGACGGAGGACACUCAUACAGGACACACAGACCACAUCUUCUGUCUCGCAAUGUCCUCCGACGGAAAAUUUCUGGCAUCAGGAGGAAAAAAUAAGUUUGUUCUCUUGUGGAAUCCAGACACCUGUCAGCUCAUCCACAGAUUCAAUGGCCAUAGGGGCCCCAUUUCUGGCCUGGCUUUUAGAAUUGGCUCCCAUCAGUUGUUUAGUGCUUCACAUGACCGAUCAAUCAAAAUCUGGAAUGUGGAUGAGCUGGCUUACAUAGAAACAUUAUUUGGUCACAGUGAUGCAAUCACAGGAAUCGACAGUCUGUUCCGGGACAGGGCUAUCACAUCAGGGGGGAGGGAUGCCAGUAUCCGAAUCUGGAAAGUCGUGGAGGAGUCACAGCUAGUGUUCAAUGGAGACCCGGGAUCCAUAGACUGCAUAGCCUUCAUCAAUGAGUCUAAUUUUAUAUCAGGAACUGACAACAACUCCAUAUCCAUAUGGUCACUCAUGAAGAAGAAGCCGCUAGUGACAGUGAAGAACGCUCACCAUGGUCAGGAUCAGAACGGGAACUCCAGCACCCAGACCAACUGGAUAACCUGUGUGGCAGCUCUCCAUAACACAGACCUAGUGGCCUCAGCAGGAUCGAAAGAUGGCUGCAUCAAACUAUGGAAGAUCUCCAAGAAUUACACAGUAUUGCAGCCACUGUAUUCAAUACCUAUGGUUGGUUUUGUGAACAGCCUGGCUUUCUCACCUGAUAGACAGGUGUUGGUGGCAGGAAUUGGUCAGGAACACAAACUAGGUCGGUGGUGGCGAAUCAAAGAGGCCAAAAACGGGAUAAGGAUCAUCAAGUUAAAGAGAAAAGACGUCUGAUUAAAGGAAAAGACAGUGAUUUUUUUGGGAAAACUUUGAGUGUAAAAUUCAGUUGAAUUUUAAAAAAAAUGAAACAGACAUUGUAUGAUUGGUGAAAGAUGUACAUUUGAAUACACAUGUACUGGUUACACAGACAUUGGUUUUCAUGUAUAAUUUACAUGUGCAUGUAAGAUGUUUUGAUUAUAUAGAUACAGAAAAGCUUUGACACUGGCUUUUAUAUGAGGGCCUGUUGAAUUGAGAAUGCAGAAUUGUGUUAUUAAUCGCAAAUAAAACAAAACACAUCUAUGUUUUAA